AUGGUGGCUCUAACUAAGAAAUUCAUAAAUAAAUUCCAGUACAAAAAGAAGUUGAAAGAUUUGUUGUCUUCUGUGAAUGCGCCCUCAAAUCAUACAUCAUUUCCCAUGCUGAAAGUGCUCCUGCACACUCUGAAGAUCAAACGGCGCACAAGCAAGUGUUACUCUGAGCUCAACAGAUCCUAAAUGCCUUGAGUUAUGUUCAACAACAGGGAUAUGUCCACUGUGAGCUAAAACUGGACAAUUUGACGGUAAGUUAUACGCUCUUCAGUGAUUCAGGUUUAAAAUAUAUACUCUCAAAGAUUCCCUGUCGUUAUUGCAAAGAAAUUAACAAAACAUUUUGAUCUCUUUGUCAUUCACAGUUUUGUUUUGUUACGUUGACAACUGAUAAUAAAGUGAAACUAUUUGAUGUCCGUGUAAUCAAGCAGGAAAAGGAAAUAUGGGGUGCGUUGUGCGGUUCUCAUCUUGAUAUGGCACCUGAGGUCUUGGCUGGUGAAAUUUUCGACAAAAUGGUUGAUACAUGCUGCUUUUAG